AUGAAGAGACGCUAUAUCCUUUUGGUAACGCUACCAUAUCUUUCUCACGCUCAAAGCGCUGAUUAUUCGCAAUAUGUUGAUCCUUUUCACGGCACUGAGGGCGACGGCAACAUAUUCCCUGGUGUAGUAGCUGCACCCUUUGCGAUGGUGAAGCUGGGACCUGAUGUACAAGACGGCAAUCGUGACGCAUACUCUGGAUACUUACCGAAUGGAAACAUUUUCGGCUUCUCUAUGAUGCAUGAAUCCGGAACGGGAGGGGCUCCUAAGUAUGGUGUCGUCAAUCAAAUGCCAGUACUCGGUCAGGUCGAAAACCCGCUGGCCGACCUCUCGGUCCCGCGCGCUGAGCCCGAUCGAGCGACGGUGGGCUACUAUCGGUCUGCACUUGAGAAUGGGGUCAUUGUGGAGCUUGCGGGUACAGAACACGCGGGGCUUUAUCAAUAUACAUUCCCUACCGGACAGAGUACCUCGGUCGUAAUCGAUGUGUCGCACGUUCUUCACUCCUUCAGAGGCAUGGGCUGGGAUCAAACGUACGCCCGUGGUCAGUUCAACGUGUUUGAGGACGGCCAUUACGAAGGCAGCGGGACGUACAAUGGCGGAUGGAAUCUAGCACCUGACUGGACGAUCCACUUCUGUGGUCACUUCAGCGCAACGCCGCAAGUUGUUCGGACUUUCAGCGGAGUUGGCGACAGGGCGUCUCGGUAUGAUGCGAGUACUUCUGCGUCGGGCACAGAGAGGCUCGGUGGUGUCUUCACCUUUGGCCAAGGUACGGUCACGUCUCGGGUCGGCAUCUCCUUCAUAUCUACAGCAAAAGCCUGCCAGAACGUGAACAAUGAGAUUCCCCCGGGCACAGAGCUCCCUGCCCUGGUCUCGAGAGCGGUAGACAGGUGGAACACGGACGUCUUCUCCAAGGUCGCCACAACAGAUACUGUACCCUCGAACCUGCAGCAACUCUAUGGAAGUUUGUACGGGAUGCACAUGUUGCCAUCAAAUCGAACUGGGGAGAACCCCGGCUGGGCUUCCGACGAGCCUUAUUACGACGACUGGUUCACACUAUGGGACACCUUCCGCUGCACGACGCCUCUUGUGCAGAUACUGCAGCCAGCAGCCUACGAAGAGCAGAUCCGAGCGCUGAUCGACAUCUGGAGAUACGAUGGAUUCUUGCCGGACGCCCGAUCGUCAAACUUCAACGGCCGUACGCAAGGCGGAUCUAACGCUGACAACAUCCUUGCCGAUGCCUACGUCAAGGGAGUCAGAGGAGCCGUGAACUGGGGGGAUGGAUAUGCGGCCAUGGUUACAGAUGCGGAAAGCGUUCCUGAGCCCAAUAACGAUCUGUCAGCUAGGGACUCGUCAACCAAACAUGGCCGUGGUGCGCUGCCUGAUUGGCUUCAGUACGGAUACAUCACUCCGAAAUACACCAGGGCUGUAACGCGUGCUAUGGAGUAUGCAGGCAACGAUUUCGGCCUGUAUCAAGUUGCGAACGGUCUCAAUAUGGCCGCUGAUGCCGAGAAGUACCUUGGCCGGUCACGCAACUGGCGAAACCACUGGAAUCGCGACGUCACCAGUCUAGGGUUCAGCGGCUUUGUCGUUCCACGCAACACUGACGGGUCGUUUGUCGAGCAAGAUCCCCUCAAGUGCGGAGGCUGCUAUUGGGCCGAACCUUAUUACCAAGGCCUGCCGUGGGAAUACUCAAUGGCCGCCCGUCACGAUAUGGCCACCCUAGUAGGCUACGCUGGCGGCCCUGAGACUUUCGUGCGUCGCCUGGAUAAGAUGUUCGAGCCAGGCAUCGACCCAGGCAAUCCCAAGUUCAACGGCACGAUCGUCAACCCAGGUAACCAGCCCAGCUUCGCGACCCCCUAUCUGUACAACUUCGCGGGACGACAGGACCGUUCCGUCGAGCGCUCCCGCUUUAUCGCUAAGAACUACUACAAUCCGGGCGUAGCAGGGCUGCCGGGCAACAGCGAUGCCGGAUCAAUGCAGAGCUGGCUCCUCUGGAACAUGAUCGGCCUAUACCCGCUCACUGGCCAGACGACAUUUCUCAUCGGCUCGCCAUGGUUUGAGAGUCUGACUAUAGACCUCGGCGGCGGGAAGCGGCUGGAUGUCACCAGCACGGGCGGCAACAGUAACACGGCAUACUACGUGCAGAGUUUGGAGGUGAAUGGUCAGCCCUGGGAUAAGGCGUGGGUGAGCUGGAGCGACGUGUUCGAGAACGGUGGGAGUAUGGCUUUUGUGCUGGGUCCCGAGCCGCGGAGUUGGGCCACGGGAGAGCUGCCGCCUAAUCCUGCGAGUGGAGGAAUGUGA